CGCAUGUAAUAAAUUCAGUAUAUAUUUAAUAAAUACUCUAAAUUAAUUAUUGCUUUAAAGCAGGUGAAGCAUCAAAUGGUACUAUUGUAACAGAACCGUCUCCUGAUGAGGUGCACCAGCCGCAAAGUGAGCAUAAACACAAGAGCAAGGACAAAAAGAAGAAUAGACUGCACAAGAUGCCCUCAACUGGAAUGGGAGACAAUCAGCGUAAAAGGGGAAAACACAACAAAAGGUCAGAUAAGAGAAAGCAAGGAAGGCAGGAGAGGAGGAAAGAAAGAAAACAUAGAAAUGAAAAGAAAAUAGUGUUAUGUGAUGAACAAGGAUCGUGUGAUACAGGUCUGUGUUGUGUGAUGGUAAACGGGACUCAAUCCUGUAGAAAUUUGACGACAACACAUGGCAAGCAGUGUCACCAUGAUUGUCAGUGUGCUGAGGGAAUUCACUGCGUGAAAAAGAACGUAAAACACCACAGCAAACGAGCGGGACACUGCAUACCUAUUGAAAAUGCUGAAGAAGUGGCGGGUGAACAGACAACACCAAUGACACAUGGCUAAUGAACGCAUGAUACCGUACAACGGACUCAAAUGUGCCAUUCAGUUAGCCCUAACUUAAUAUUUUGUAUUGUACCCUAAAUUUGCGCACCAAUCCUGCUUAAAGUAUACAAUUAUCUAUUAAAAAUUACUAACUUUGUUUAAUGUGUACUUUAUCUUAGAAACCUUAGUUUUUGUGUAGGCCUACCUUUUGUAUGGCUCGAAUACGCUUUGAUUAAUUAAAUACCUACUUUUUUAGUAGGCGUUAUUCCGUUUUUUCUUAAUUUGCAGGCUAGGACUAAUCGAUAUAGUGGCAAUAUUUUGCGUCUAAGUUAACAAGCAUACGACAGGGGAAAUAGUUGCCAUAAACAAUUAAAACUGUAUUUCUCAGGCCUAUAAAUUAUACUUGUAAUGUUAUUUUAGCUUAGCACAUAGAUAAUAUGAUAGCGAAUUUUUAACUUUUCUAUUACGAAAUUUAUUACAAAUAAAUAAUUAUUAUGUCAGACUCAGUCAAACUUGAUCGGCCACCCUGAUACUAAUCAGGCUAUGGAUAAUAAAUAAAUAUUUGACUGAUGCAGUAGUUAAUUUCCAGGAAAAUAAGAUAAGUGUAAUCAACUUUUUUUGAAAAAUGAACAUUAAUGGUCGAAGCAUGUGCCGAGAUACUACUGUAUACUUAUAGCAUAUACAAUUCAAUACAAAAUGGAAUGUUACGUUGUAUUUUGCUUUUAUAUAGGCCUAUGUAUAAUUACCAAACAAUAAUUAUAUUAUUUAUAUAUAAAAAAGAAUCUCUUCGGAGAUCCAGUCUUGUCGCCAAACGCUUAUAAGCAUACGGAUCUCUAUUUUUCACAGUCGGAGAUUCCUCUUAAACGUUCAAUAUAUACUUUAUUCGAACACUGUA